GUUUUUUUCUUUCUAUUUUCUUAUUUAAACAUAGUACUAAGUAUGGAAGGAAUCACUAAAGCCUCAACCUAUAUCAUUCACAUUCCUUUUCUACCUACCACAAGACUGGCCUCUUAUCAUGGAAGAGCAUAUCAACAUAGUAAGUGUAGCUCAAGAAUGUUUCCCUUCAUCUUCCACCACCACCACCUUCUCCUCCUCCUCGACAUCUUUGUACGCUUCAAACUCAUUUUCUAGCUUAAACCAAAGCACAGAAAGUACUUCAAAUGAGUGCAAGGCUCAAAAAUGCUCAAAAGAAGCUAAAGAAGAAGAAAAUAGUGGCAAUAAGCCCACAAGGAGGCAGCUUAAGGGCGACAACCACCCGGGGUAUCGCGGAGUACGGAUGCGUGAAUGGGGCAAAUGGGUAUCCGAAAUUCGCGAGCCGAGGAAGAAAUCAAGGAUAUGGCUGGGAACAUAUCCUACAGCUGAAAUGGCGGCUAGAGCUCAUGACGUAGCAGCAAUGGCCAUCAAAGGCCACACAGCUUAUCUCAAUUUCCCUCAACUGGCCAAUGAACUUCCCCGCCCCAUCACCAUAUCACCAAAGGACAUCCAAGCUGCGGCUGCCAAGGCGGCUGCAGCUACGUUCAUGGAGUCAAUGCCCUGUGAAACUGAUGCCCAGCCAACCCAACCUGUGCUUCCUAAUUCCCAUACAUCAACCUCUUUAUCAUCUGAUCACACUCUUGAAACAUCAAAUUCUCUAUCAACUGAUGAUACGUUUUUUGACCUACCCGAUCUCUCCUUCGAUGGCAUGAAUCAACGUAAUGGAUAUUGUAUCUAUUCUUCACCAUGGCAGCUGGCUGGAGCCGAUAAUGGAUGCCAGCUUGAUGAACCAUUUCUAUGGGAGUACUAUUUUUUUGAUUAAUAGUGUAUCCUCAUGUCAAAAGUAGUAUUUAAUUGUUGGAAAUUUUUAUAUAUAUAAAUUAUUAUUAUUAUUUUAUAGUCCUAUGUGAUUAUUUUCUAAAUAAGAUUGCAUUGUGAUUAUAAUAUUAUUAUUUUCUAAAUAAGAUUGCAUUGUGAUUAUUGAUACUUGAUGGAUUGGGUUGUA